AUGCUCAGCUCUCAUCACAUCCUCCUCCUCUCUCUCCUCGCCUUUCCCCUACCAUCCACCCCAUCCGCGCAAAUCCCAAGGCCAGCAACCUCCUCUCUCUGGUUGCUCGACGCGCGCCCGUCAGGCCUUGUCAGUGUCACUCCACUCUUCACUCGAUCCGUUGGCAGCUUCCGGAGCGAUCCAAUCUCGCUUGCUAGCUUCGAUGCAACUGCUAAACAGCAAACGCGCCUCGGGGACGCGCGUCUGGUGGGAGGUAGUAUGAGCGGAAGCGACGAACAACUGGAAGCAUCAGGUGCGGUCGUCGCGCACAGCGAGCCUUUUUCUCGAAGAGCCGGCGAUCCGCGGGAAAUUGUGGCUGUAGGAGAGGCUGAGACGGUUCGAAAUUCUCGCAGAGCCGUGGAUCCUCGGGAAAUUGUGACUGUCGACGAGGCGGUGGCACGGACUAGCCAGAUGCGCAUCGUUAAGAACUUCGUCCAUUCGCUCUCUAACACGACGACCACGCCCAAUGAGAAGAAUCUUGCGAGGGUGGCGGAUUGGUGGAGGAUCAACACGUGGUACACUCAAAAAGGCAGGAAACGAGUGACCUCCCAGGUUCGUAUGGGAGGGUCAGUGCGGGACAGGUACUCUCUGGGGAGAGACGUAUCUAACGACAUGCAAGGAGUAUGGAACAUUGUUGCUACUCAGCUAGCCAACCGAACCUUCCCCCGAACCUCUCGAGCCCAGUACCUCGUCCUCUCCAGCCCGGACGUCAGGUUCGGAUCCUCCCGACCCAAUGCCGGCUUCUGCCGAACCUACUGCGGGUGGCACUCAUACGCGGAAGUCUCCCGGAAGGUUCUCAAAUUCGCAUUCGUGGGGAACGCGGAGGAGCAGUGCCCCAGCGGGUGCAGGAGAGGGUUUGGGAUGGGAGGGAGUGCGAAUGGGUGGAGAGGGGUGGACGGGAUGGUGAGCAUUGUGGGGCAUGAGAUUGCAGAGGCGGCUACGAAUCCUGUGUUCACCCGAGGAUGGUUUGACGAUGAGGGGCAGGAGAAUGCUGACAAGUGCCAGGUUGACUUCGGCCCCACCAGCAGCAUCAGGACAGUGGGGGACAGGUACGCCUACAACAUGGUGGGAUUGAGAUGUGCGCAGGCAGAUCACCUGUAG